AUGGGUAAAAUGGGGUGGGUAACAACAAUGGGUAAGAUGGGUUGGGUAACAACACUGAGUAAGAUGGGUUGGGUAACAUCACCGGGUAAGAUGGGUUGGGUAACAUCACCGGGUAAGAUGGGUUGGGUAGCAUCACCGGGUAAGAUGGGUUGGGUAACAACAAUGGGUAAGAUGGGUUGGGUAACAACACCGGGUAAGAUGGGUUGGGUAACAACACCAGGUAAGAUGGGUUGGUUAACAACACCUGGUAAGAUGAGUUGGGUAACAAUACCGGGCAAGAUGGGUUGGGUAACAAUACCGGGCAAGAUGGGUUGGGUAACAACACCUGGUAAGAUGGGUUGGGUAACAACACCAGGUGAGAUGGGUUGGGUAACAUCAGCAGGUAAGAUGGGUUGGGUAACAAUACCGGGUAAGAUGGGUUGGGUGACAACACCAG